ACGCCGCGUGCCACGUGACCAACAGAGCAGGAUAUGGAAAGUUUGGCUAACUCCGUACGUAGUCGCCAGGGCUCUUAAAGAACGGAACAUGCCCCCUACUCCAACCAAUGAUCUGGCCUUCAAACCCCCAGAUGGGGGCUGGGGGUGGAUGGUGGUGAUUGGGGCUCAUAUCUCCAUUGGAUUUGCCUAUUCUACUCCCAAAGCCCUCUCCAUUUUCUUCAAGGAGAUCCAAGCAGACUUGGAGGCCAGCUACAGUGAUAUAGCAUGGAUUUCUUCUAUUAUGUUAGCUGCCAUGUACGCUGGAGGACCAGUGAGCAGUGCAUUGGUCAAUCGCUACGGAAGUCGGCCAAUAGUGAUACUGGGGGGCCUAAUGUGUGGGGUCUCCAUGGUUGCUGCUUCGUUUGGGAACUCCAUCAUUUACCUUUACUUGUGCAUUGGAGUCAUUGCUGGCUGCGGACUCGCCUUAAACCUGAACGCAUCGCUCACCAUAAUAAGCAAGUAUUUUCUGGCCAAGCGUCCUCUAGCCAAUGGACUAGCAAUGGCUGGGAGUCCCGUAUUUCUUUGCUUCCUGGCACCUCUCAAUCAAUACCUUCUGGACAAGUUUGGGUGGAGAGGAAGUCUUCUUAUCCUUGGGGCCCUGAUGCUCAAUUGUUGUGUAGCUGGGGCCUUGAUGAGACCCGUCGGCUCUUGCACACCCUCUGCUGCACUACGGAAGAAGGCCAAGGAGCAGUCGGCUACCUCUGAGCAAUGGCAACAAAGCUGUGCCAGUCAUGCCAAGAAGUUCUUGAAUUUGUCCUUCUUCAAAGAUAGAGGUUUUAUGAUUUACCUCAUAGGGAACGUAAUGUUUAUUUUUGGUGCCUACGCCCCUAUUCUGUUCCUGUCAGCCUAUGCUGUUAGUCAGGGUGUAGACCAGUACUCAGCAGCCUAUCUGCUGUCCAUUAUGGGUUUUGUGGACAUGUUUGUUCGGCCUGGCACCGGCCUGAUUGCCAACAGCAAGUGGAUAAGACCCAGAGUUCAGUACUUCUUCAGCUUUGCCAUGGUGUUCAACGGCACAUGCCAUUUGCUAUGCCCACUGAUCGAAAGCUACACCUUCUUGGUGGUGUACGCUGUAUUUUUUGGUGUGGGUUUUGGCAUGGUUUUUGCCCUCAUUUUUGAGUGUCUAAUGGAUCUAAUGGGACAUGAACGCUUCCCCAGUGCUGUUGGACUGGUGACGAUCAUUGAGUGCUUCCCCAUGCUGUUGGGACCUCCUACUGCAGCUUUACUGGUGGACGUAUUUAAAGACUCCAAGUACCUCUUCUUGAUGUGUGGCGCAGUGAUUGUGACCGGCGGUCUGUUUCUCUUCAUCAUGAACAUUUACAACUAUCACAUGCUUGAAAAACAGAGAAGGAGACAACAGAACCCCAAAACCGUAGAAGACCAGGACCAGGUCGAGAUGCAAAACACACUCAAUCACAGUUAUCUCGCAAAAGAGUCCGCUGUGCCUGAAAAAGAAAAUGGGAGUGAUCCCCAGGGGGAGCGAGCAAGUUCAGAAUACUUUGAAGUACCCAUUUAGUUUUUCUUAUUCUAUUUUGUCUACCUAAGCAUCCCUGGAGGUAUUUGGUCAUUUAGUCGGACAAUUGAAAACUGACUGCAGACAUGCGGUGACAUGACAUGUUCAUGGCUGGAACUGACUGUUUUGGAGUCCGAUGUGAGCGUACAUGUACAGUAUUUGUUUGUUUAACAUUAUCUUCCCAAUGCACUGGCAGUGCUAAAAUGUAGCUGGUCGGUUCUAAAACCAUAUUAUUGUGUCUACAUUUUCAGGGAAAUGGGAACCAUACUCAUUUAGAAAUGUCCCAAUCAUGGUAUGCAAUCAGAUGUUGCAGAAACAUAUUACCUUGUUGCAUCUCUAGGCUGAGUUGCCCUGGAAUAACUUUUGUUGCAUGAAAUUCCAGACCAAGGUGGUGCUUAGGUGGAAUAACUUGAAACUGCUUACAUGUGAAACAUUAAGUGUGUCGUCCAUUUUGCUGUCUCCUAAGGCCCUGAACCAGGCACGUCACCCUUCCGCUUCUCCUUCCGGGGGGGGGGUUUGUACAUUAUAGCGAUCAAAUAUCAAAUUUAUCUUAUUUAAUAUGUGUUGUGUCAAACUAAGACAUGAACAACAUCACAUUAAAAGCACAAAAUGAAUGCCGACCCACCAUCCACCAGUUCAAGCCUGGAGUUUUUCCAGAGAGAUGAUUACAUGGCUGUUUGACGUGUGUGGUAAAAGGCAGUGCGCUAGCAUGAAUUAACUUGAGACAAAUGUGCACAUUAGCAGUCAAUAAGUCAUCGAAACUUACCUUCAUGCAUUCCCACAUAGUAUCAGCAUUUGACACCAAAUAUGAGGUGAAAGAAAAAUGGUAAAAAUACAGUAGUAGUCUAUCUGUGCAGCAUGAGAUAAAGUUAGCACACGCACAAUGGGCAUGCGUCAAGUGAGACGGAUGUACUUUAACAGAGAGAAUCCGGCCACUUUUCAAAAUAAAACAAAAAAAUUAAAUAACGGAAAUUAUUUUUUCUUUCUGUGCGACCCCGUACCAAAUGACCCACGGCCGUGGCCCGGGGGUUGGGGACCACUGCUUUACAGGACUGUAUUUGAGAAACUACUUUGUUCCAAGCUACUGUAGGCUAAACAUAAACAUGUCUUUUGACAUCCAACCCAAGUGAUAAUAUCACUGGCUUGACAAGCAAGCUUAAACUGUAUGACUAAAAAACUGGUCGAAAUUACAAGUACAGUACUACUGGUUAGGGUUGGGCAUUGUCGGAAUUUGAGCGAAUCCGGUUCCGAUUUCUCGUUUCGAUUCCGGUUCCUAACGUUUCUCUAUUCAGAUUCCUUUCAAAGGUAGGGUCAUAAAAGUUUCCCUGGUUAAACGGGGGCUCUAACCAAAGUUCUUGGAUGAAAUGUCUCCAUGAUUUAUUUAAUUAUAUGAACUUUUCAUUAAUUACUUUUCACAGGGCUAUUUUCAACCACUAUAUAAAUAUCAAACUAUUGAACUCGAACAUAAAUGUUUUGCAGUCUCUUUACAUAGGAGUACACAAACAUACACAAAUGAUUUUUAUUUUUGAAAACCUCAUGAAAAAAGCAAUUACGCAUAUCUUGCAGUUUAUGUGUCGGAGAGUGUCUUAUGAUGCAAAAUAGACCCUGUAACUUAACCAUGUUACUGAGUUCCUACUAACCUACUAAUCGGAAUGUUAGUUGUGGUUCCCAUUGAUGCUCGAUGCCCAGCCCUACUACUGUACAGUAUAUACAGGUAACUAUCCUGACACUGUUGCACUGACUUUUUCCCUCGCCUUUGGAUUGAUGUCCUGAAGCAGAGCUUGAAUGUGUUCAAUCUGUCAUGAGUGUUUGUGCAUCGUUUUAGAGGAGUGGCGUUAGGUGUUUUGCACUCUUGUGUUUCCCACAGUGAAUACGUAGAUGAAAUAUUAUAGUAGUAAUUGUACUAGUAGUACAUUUUAGGAAGGUGAUGAUAAAUAUUUGCCAAUAUUUCUUUGAGCUGAUGAUGAUGAGUUCCUGUAUUUUCAGUCGUGCAUUAAACAUGACAUGGAUGCAAUGAAUUUGACGCUACACAAACAUACAGUAUGUUGCUCAGCUCAUUAAAAUCUUCACGUUUCCUGCAUCUAAACUUCGUCACUGAAUCUGUUUGUUGACCCGACACCGAAGCGCCUUCUUUUCCCUCAUCGCUCAUUGUAGAAUCAGGACACGCAAAGGCACGCUGUGCAUUCACAUCUUCAAGCGGCAAGGUAACUGAAAUGCCUUCAGAUCAACAUCUGCCAUGCAGCUUUUCAGUACGGGGGGCUCUGGACAAUUUUUCACGACAAUUAUAGGGCUGGGGAACACAUUUGGAAAUGUCAGCAGCUUAAGGGCGCGAGCACCUAAUGAAGCAAGGCCUGGAUGUUUCGGGCUGGUGCUUCGAGUUGUGUCGAGCUUCACACACAUCAGCAAAUCAGCAGGGCACUAAAUUAUGAAUGUGUGCAAAAAAAAAAUAAUGCAGUGUGCACUUUUUAGAGCUUUGUCCUGUACCUGAGUAUUAUGUAGGCCUUUGACCAUAGCGAGGUGGGAGAGCACAUGAGCGAGACAACACAGGGAAAGGCAGUACAAAUAUGGUGAUAUUCACAUACAGUACCUGCACAAUGUAAUACGACAAGAGCUGUUUUACCGAGACUAUCUGCCCUGUGAUUGACUGAUGACAAGUCCGGUGUAGUCUGUUUUUGCCCAAAGUCCGCUUUGAUAGGCUCCAGAUAGCCAUGACCCAUCUACCCCCCCCCCCCCAGGGCUGGAAGUCUGCAUUGACGUUUCAUUACAGUUACAUCAAGCAUCUUGGGUAAGAGGUUUUAAACUCUUAUCUGUUUUCUUGCACAUUUUGACACCCCAAUAUGACCUUUAACCUCAGAUACCUUGAAAAUGAGAUGUUUCUUGCAAUAAUCUCUGAAUGUGUUUAGGUUUGUUCAACUUUGUCCCCAGUUGAUUAUUUACAGUGCAUGUACUGUAACU